AAGAAAUUGAACGUUUUAUCAUUCAUAUGGCAAAAUCGAAAAACGCUAUUGGUUUAUUUGUCAGAAAUAUUGGUUUCAAGGAUGAAGCGAAGGACGAUGAUAACUAUUUAAACUUUGAUGUUAUUGUCGAUAAUCUUGAAUUCGAAGAUGGAAAA